AUCAAACCCCCUAUUUUUAUCACCAUUAUAUUAACCGUUAUCUCAGGAACUAUAAUUGUAAUAACAACCUCCCACUGACUUAUAGUCUGAAUCGGCUUUGAAAUAAAUCUACUAGCCAUUAUCCCCAUCCUAAUAAAAAACUAUAACCCACGAGCCAUAGAAGCAGCCACAAAAUAUUUCCUAACUCAAGCAACCGCCUCCAUAAUCCUGAUAAUAGGAAUUAUCAUCAACCUACUGCACUCAGGACAAUGAACCGUGUCAAAAGACCUCAACCCCCUAGCAUCAAUCAUAAUAACAACCGCCCUAGCGAUAAAACUAGGACUAGCCCCGUUCCACUUCUGAGUGCCUGAAGUCACACAGGGAGUUUCUAUAUCAUCAGGCCUAAUCCUACUAACAUGACAAAAAAUUGCACCACUAUCUAUUCUCUACCAAAUCUCACCCACCAUUAACCCCAACCUACUCCUAACAAUAUCCAUCAUAUCAGUUAUAAUUGGAGGCUGGGGAGGCCUCAACCAAACACAACUACGAAAAAUCAUAGCAUAUUCCUCAAUCGCCCAUAUAGGCUGAAUAACAGCUAUCACAAUAUACAACCCCACAAUAAUAAUCCUAAACCUAAUCAUCUAUAUCAUUAUAACACUAACCACUUUUAUAUUAUUUAUACACAACUCCACCACAACAACAUCAUCCCUGUCACAAACAUGAAAUAAAACCCCCUUAAUCACCUCACUUAUCCUAGUACUAAUAAUAUCCCUGGGCGGCCUACCCCCGCUUUCCGGUUUCAUUCCAAAAUGAAUAAUCAUCCAAGAACUAACUAAAAAUGAAAUAAUUAUAAUACCAACACUACUAGCCAUAACAGCACUGCUCAACCUAUAUUUCUACAUACGACUAACAUACACCACUGCACUAACUAUAUUUCCCUCAAACAAUAACAUAAAAAUAAAAUGACGAUUCGAAUGCACAAAAAAAAUAACCUUCAUACCCCCUCUAAUCGUAAUAUCAACCAUACUACUUCCACUCACACCAAUACUAUAUAUCCUGAAUU